AGACCUGAAAGUGGCACAUGGCAUGAAGACUGUGGACCUGGCAGCAGCAUGAGGAGGCGACAGCAGCAAUGGGAGGCCGUACAGGGACCCAUGACAGACUCUGGACUUGGCAGCAGCAUGAGGAGGCGGUAUAUAGGGGCCCAUGGCAGAUUAGGGGCCUGGCAGCAGCUAUGGGAGGCCCGUAAUCUGCCAGCACCCUAUGUCAAAAAAUUGAACACACACCAGCAGUGUGUGAGGAGACCUGAAAGUGGCACAUGGCAGAGUGUGGCGAUGGAGACAGCAGCAAUGGGAGGAGGCCGUACAGGGACCCAUGAGAGACUCUGGACCUGGCAGCAGCAU